UCUAUAAAAUUGAAAUAUCAGUGCAAAAAAAUCCAUUUCAGAUGAGAAUAUUAGUAUCAGUGGUCUAAGUUUUCUGUGGCUUCAUUUUCUUUGAAUUCUUAAUUUAUUCUGAAUAUACAUAUUUGAAAUGUUGAUGGGUUUGUUUUUUUUGAAGCUUUGUUGUAUAUAAAUGGUCCUGUGGCCAUGAUUGUUAAGGUAAAUGAACUAGGCCAAGAAGAUUAAACUAGGUUUGUUUAUUUAUUGCUCACAACCUGUUUGAACUUUUGGCUCAUAUUCUGACAAUGGAUGAACACUCAGCAAGAGAGUCUCUUCUUGUGAGUAAAGGCAAUGGCCUUGAUUAUGCCAAGAAGACAUCCUUUCUGGCAUCAUCCAUGAAAUUGAUUCUCAAAUUCAUAAUGUGGGUAAUUUUCAUUUACUGGGCUACUUUCAUCUUCUUUUACCCUUCAACUUUUGUCAAUGAUUUAUAUGGGAAAUAUAUUGAUGCUACUGAGGGAACUGCGUAUGGGAUCACAGGAAGUAUAUUUCUGGCAUUCAGUGCCCCAAUUCUUGUCAUUGCAUUUCUUGCCAUAGCACAUCUCAUCAUCACCGGUGAUGAGGAAAUCCAUGAGAAGAAGACGGCAAAAAAUCCACGUUUUCGGUUGUGGACAUUCCCAGUAAUUGUGGAUGGACCAUUUGGGGUUGUUUCUGCUGCUGAGUUGAUUGGAAUAAUCCUAUUUUCUGUGUAUAUCAUUUGGGCUGUUUCUGCAUACGCUGUAAAGGACCUCAACAUUUUAUCCAAUUAUCAAUUGACCUUUUUUGAGGAAUGUAAUUUGAUGCUGGAGCUGACAGGACUUCGCUUUGGUUUGAUUGGGUUAUUUUGCCUGGCAUUUUUGUUUCUCCCAAUUGCAAGGGGAUCAGUUCUUCUCCAACUAAUAGAUAUCCCUUUUGAACAUGCAACUCGAUAUCAUGUAUGGUUGGGACAUCUCACUAUGGCACUCUUUACUCUCCAUGGACUAUUCUAUAUAAUAGCAUGGGCAAUGCAAGGUCGUCUCCUAGAAGAAAUAUUGCAAUGGAAAAAUAUUGGUGUGGCCAAUCUUGCAGGAGUCAUCAGUCUUGCUGCUGGUCUAUUCAUGUGGGUGACAUCACUUAAGCCAGUGAGGAGGACAUAUUUUGAAUUGUUCUUCUACACCCAUCAACUAUACAUAGUCUUCGUCGUCUUCUUGGCCUUGCAUGUUGGUGAUUUCAUAUUCACUAUUGCUGCUGGAGGAAUAUUUCUCUUUGUUCUUGAUCGGUUUUUGAGAUUCUGCCAAUCACGAAAGACUGUCAAUGUAAUAUCAGCUAGUUGCCUUCCCUGCGGAACCGUUGAAUUGGUCAUUUCAAAACCUGGAAAUCUGCAAUACAAUGCCCUAAGUUUUAUUUUUCUUCAAAUUCGGGAAUUAUCCUGGCUAGAAUGGCAUCCUUUCAGUGUCUCAUCAAGUCCUCUAGAUGGUAAAUAUCACAUUGCGGUUCUCAUUAAGGUUCUUGGGAAAUGGACGGAAAAGCUAAGAGGAAGUAUCUUAAAUGGUCCUAAGGAGGAACCACAAGAAGAGCAACCCUUGCAGCCUCAUUCAAACCUAACCGUUUCUGUAGAGGGGCCUUAUGGGCAUUCAUCGCCAUACCAUUUAACAUAUAAAAACCUUAUUUUAGUUGCUGGAGGAAUUGGAAUAUCACCAUUCCUGGCUAUCCUGAGCGAUAUUCUCCACCGUAUUAAGGAUAACAAACCAUGUAUGCCAAGGAAUAUCUUAAUAGUUUGGGCCGUGAAAAAAUCAGACGAGCUUCCUCUUCUUUACAGCCUUGACAUGGAAUCAAUCUGUCCAUUUUUUUCCGACAUACUGAAUCUUGAGAUUCAAACUUAUGUCACUCGAGAAUCAGAACCUCAACUGGAGGAUGGUCAAGUUAGCAAGUCUGUGAACUCUUUUGGAUACCCUAUCCGCAACAAACGUGGCGUUUCUGUAUUGGUUGGCACAGGGAACAUCAUUUGGUCUGGAGUUUAUGUCAUGGUGUCCACAAUUGGAUUGGUUCUCUCUGUGGGCUUGUUACAAAUCUUUUAUAUAAACCCUUUUGACAUAACUUACUGGUGGUACAAAGGGCUUUUAUUUGUUAUUUGCAUGGUUGCAAGUCCUAUUGUAUUUGGGGGUAUUGUGAUUGGUCUAUGGCAUCUUUGGGAAAGAAAAACUUUAGCAAGGGAGGCUCAUGAUGAAGAUGAUGGCCCAAAGAUUGACACCCUGGAGGGUAAUGAGGCAAGGGCACAUAAGGAGUCAAGUCAGGAUUAUGUUGCUAGUUCAAAUUCUAUUCAGUAUGGGCGCAGACCGGACUUCAAAGAAAUUUUUGGAACCGUAUCGCAGAGGUGGGGUGAAGUAGACGUAGGUGUAAUAGUGUGUGGUCCUCCAACUCUCCAAUCAAGUGUUGCCAGAGACUGCAGAUCACAGAAUUUAAGCAGGGGAAGCAAUCACCCUAUCUUCCAUUUCAACAGCCAUAGUUUUGAUCUCUAAGCGCAUCUCCAAUGGUUUGCUAUAACGACUGUUAUUAUCAAAAUAUGACAGCUUGGGUUAAUUUGGAUUCUCCGGAGACAUGCUACAACAGUUGUCAAAUUUAACUUUUACCAAAGUUUGUGCCAAAUAUGCAUAUAUAAGUGUGUAUAUAUAAAUAUGUACAUAUUUAGAUCGAAAAUUCUAUAGGGUAUACCGUAUAUACUCUGGUAUCUAUUUUGUAUUUUUAUAGUAAACGUUACGUAAUUUUUAGUAGAGUAAC